AUGGCGGCGCUCGCCACGACGCCUCACCCCGAUUUGUCUUUGAGUGGCCCACCCUCACAACACCACGGCACGACAUUCCUCUUCCUACCGAGUACCUAUUCUUCUUCCGGCCCAGAACUGCUGUUCCUCACAACCAAGGCCACGGUACCUCAGCUCGCACACCACUCUCAGCCAACACUUUCCGCCAAAAUCAGGCCUUCGGUACCCAAGCUUCUAGGGAAAGUUAUUAGCAUGCCUGCCAUGGACUCUCCCCAGCCCCGGCAGCAGGAACCUAUGGAGGUGACCAAUGGCGUUGUCAUGAAGCAGUUUAAAUCCGAACAACCUCCAACGGACGAAGUUAACAUGCGCGGUGGUGAUGACAUAAAACUUUCCGUCAAUCCCUGUGCCUGCUUCAAAAGCUGCAGCUCCGUCAUCACCGACUGCUUCUCCUCCGUCGGAAAAUGCUUCUCCGGAAAAUGCUGCUCCUGCGAUUUUUAA